UGCCUUGUCUGGCUACCUCUCAUGCAUAGGCUUGCCCAUGUUGAGAAUGCCUUCCACCCCGUGGAGCGCUCGUAUUGCCGGUGUGAGAGUAUGAUGGGUUUCCGGCACCGAUGCCAGCAGUGCCACAACUACCAGCUCUGCCAGAAUUGCUUUUGGCGUGGCCAUGCCAGUGGCCUGCAAAGCAACCAACACCAGAUGAAGGAGCAUUCCUCUUGGAAAUCCCCUGCAAAGAAGCUGAGCCAUGCCAUUAGUAAAUCUUUGGGGUGCAUAUCCACCAGAGAACUCCCGCAUCCUGUUUUUCCUGAUCAACCAGAGAAACCACUUGACCUUGCAAAUAUAGUUCCUCCUCGCCCUCUGACCAAUAUGAAUGACACCAUGGUGAGCCACAUGUCCUCCGGGGUGCCCACUCCCACCAAGAGUGUCCUGGGCAGUCCUAGCGGACUGGAUGAGGAACACCGGCUUAUAGCUCGCUAUGCUGCCCGGCUGGCUGCAGAGGCAGGAAACAUGAACCGACCUCCCACUGACUUGAGCUUUAACUUUGAUGUCAACAAACAACAAAGACAGCUUAUUGCAGAACUGGAAAACAAAAACAGAGAGAUCCUGCAAGAGAUUCAGCGUCUCCAUCUGGAGCAUGAGCAGGCCUCCCAGCCCACCCCUGAGAAGGCCCAGCAGAACGCCACAUUGCUGGCAGAGCUGCGGCUGCUGAGGCAAAGGCAAGACGAACUGGAGCAGAGAAGGUCAGCGCUGCAGGAGAGCAGGCGGGAGCUGAUGGUUCAGCUGCAAGGGCUAAUGAAGCUACUGAAGGCUCAGGCCACAGGGUCGCCACAUACAUCGCCCACUCACGGAGGCGGCCGCUCAAUGCCCAUGCCCAUCCGCUCAACAUCUGCAGGCUCCACGCCCACCCGCUGUCCACAGGACCCACUCAGCGGAGUCGGGGGAGACAUGCAGGAGGCCUUUGCGCAAGGUACGAGGAGAAACCUCCGCAAUGACCUGCUGGUGGCCGCUGACUCCAUCACCAACACCAUGUCAUCCCUGGUGAAGGAGCUCCACUCAGCAGAGGAAGGUGCAGAGGAAGAAGAGAAGACGCAGACUGGGAAAGACAGAGGUUAGCGGAGGAGCCAGGACAGAGAGGAAGCGCGGCACAGGGGACGAGAAGCGAGCUGGCAUCGACAUGAGGAA